AUGGCUGACAAGAAGAUAGCAUCCUUACAGGCUCAGUUGCAAUCUUCAUCCAUCGCAUUCCAGAAGAUAGAAGCAGAGCUGGCCGGUGUGAUAGAAGCUAGACAAAGGCUGGACUCACAACUGUCAGAGAAUGAAUUGGUGCUGAAAGAAUUCAAUCAGCUGAAAUCACACAACACCGUGUACAAGCUCGUCGGGCCAUCGUUAGUACCUCAAGAUCAGAAUGAGGCGAAAGUGAAUGUAGAGAAACGACUGGAUUUCAUAAAAUCAGAAAUAAAACGAGUAGAAGCUCAAUUGAAAGAGAGUGAAGAAAAAGCUGCAAAGAAGAAGGACGAGAUAAUGGGUCUUCAACAACAGUUCCAGGCAUUACAAGGUCCCAAUGGUCCUCAGCAAGCUGUUCAGGCAUGA